UUAGUAUAAGCGUAUUUUCUUGACUGAAUUCACCAUAGUCCGGACUUUUUCCUCUCUGCUCUUUUCUUUUAGCCUUUUUAUUUAUUUAUUUCAUACUCCACGGUUGUUGGUUUUCUGCGCCAAUCGUAGUACAAAAAAGUGUAGCUAAGCGUAGCUAAAAGUCAGGCUUCGAGGCCUUAGUUAUGAGUGACCUAUCAACCAAUAUUUGUUUUGAUGCAUUAUCAGUGCUGAAUAGCAAUGUGCAGCUGGUCGAAAAUGUGUGCAGCAUCUGUGGAGCGUCACAUUACACCCAAAAUUGUCCAGAGUUUGCCAAGGGAGAUCAUAUCAAAGACAAACCCUCGCUCAACCUCUCAAGGUCAUCGGUUCCCAAUGGGCUCCUGAUAAUGGAUGCUGCCGAUGGCAGCAGUUGUGUGGUGACGUCACAAAAGUUUGCGAAAGGAACACGAUUCGGGCCGAUGCUGGCACAGAAGUCAUACACGCCGAUCAAGAAUAUACCUUUCCCACUGGUUCUGUUCUCCACGCCGUUCUACUAUGGGAACGAGUUCGAUUUCGAUUUGCAGACGCUGCUUAACGGUCGGAACGUGUAUCUGGACACGAGGAUUGAAAGCAAGUGCAACUGGAUGAUACACGUUAGCCUGGCACGAUUCUCCAACGAGCAGAAUCUAAUCUGCUACCAGGAAAAUGAUGAAAUAUACUACACCGCAAUUAAGGACAUCGAGUUGGGUGACAUCCUGCGGGUUUGGUACUCACGUAGCUACGCGGCCAAGAUAGGCGCAACCCUGCUAGAGCCGAGCUCGUAUGACCUCUGCAAUAACAUUCUUCGAUCGGUCAGCUUAGACUAUGGUUUCGAUCUGGAUCAGAAUCAAAACUACGUGGAAAAUUUCCCGUCGACGUCAACGGCGUCAUCGUCUAGCACAACCGUUCCGCAAGAUGUCCUGAUGACCAGUGGUAGUGACGUGAAUAACAAUAGCAGUUCCUUAAGCACAGCCAUGAUGAGCAGUGGGGAGAUGGUUUCAAGCUACGAUAAAAUCUCGUUGCCACCGAUUGAUAGUCUCAUGAAGAAUACGUCACCCAAGUAUACCAAUCACUAUCACAUGUUCGAUCUGGACUUGAUCACCUCGAGUGUGGCCUCGCAAUCAUGCGAUGAUUUCAGUCAUUUUAACCCACCAGCACAAAUGCACCAUUCUAGUCAGCAUCAGUCUUCGCCACAGACCCAGUUUCAGCAUCAUGCGUCAACGAUUCAGUCACACCCGCUGGUUGAUCCCGGCUCUUAUUCGAGCUAUCAAACGCUUCCGGAGGACACUCUGAGUCCAGCCGAUUUGAUUAAUAUUUCACUGGGGGCUAGCGAUAUGAACAUCUCGUUUGACUCGUUCGGCACCAGCACAAUGAUCGGGUACGAUGGGGGAAGCAGUAGCGGUAGUAAUCUGGGAGAUUCCGGCAUUAGUGUCGGGGGCGGUCCGGGAAUGGAGAAAUUGCACAGCCGAUACUCAUCGUCCACAGACUCUUUGGCGACGCUGAACGAGAGCCUGGCGAUGGUAUCGGCCACGCCAGCACCAUCCAUAUCCGGAGCAAAUGGGACCGAUCCGGACGCCGAUAAAAAGUAUCCAUGUGAGAUUUGCCUGCGGAAGUAUAUGACUAAAUCCAACCUGGACAAACACAUGCGCAAGCAUAAUUUGUUCUUGUGUGUGUUCUGUAUGAAGCUGUUUCAAUUGGCUGAGGAACUCAAGAAUCAUGAAUGCACUGAACGCAAAUCAAAGACAGCUUAUCUGCAUUGCCCCAAAUGUUUAAAAGUGCUCUCCAAUUCGUGGUCACUGCAGCGUCACAUGAAGAUUCACAAAGACCCUAACGAAAGUGUGCUGAGCAGCACGGAGGAGUCGGCUGAUAAGAUACUUUCGGAACCAAAAGAGGAUCCAGUGUUAGAGGAGAUCGAAUCCACACCAUUGGAGGAGUUGAAAGCAAGCCUGGAUCCCCUUGAUGGGCCAAGCGACAGCUUGCUGUUGGCAGAUGAAACGAGUGAUGUUCUGAUCGAACCGGAAUCGAUGUCCGUGCAGGAAAUGGAAGUCGAACCAGUGUUCGAGCACACUCAAACGAUACCGGCGGCAAUAAUACCGAGCAUCACAACGAUACCGAUCACUAAUACCACAUCGAGUCAGGAUAUGAUUACAGAUGUACAAGCGGCCAACGGCAAACAACUGUACAAGUGCAUCGUAUGCGCCAAACUGUUCAAAAAUCCAAACGCAUUGGAAAAGCAUUUGAGGAAAGUUCAUACGGUUUACACCGUUUCGAAUGACUACAAAUCGGAGAAGAAAGUGUUAACGCAAAUUAACCAGAAAAAAACUUCACCGAUCAAACCUGCAAUCGCCAAAGCACUUGCUACAAAGUUAUCCCAGAAAAAUAAGAAGAUCGAAGCGGUGGCGGCCACUGCAAUAAAUACAUCCAAUUCUACUGUCACCGUAGUUUCGGAACAACCGGUUCAUGUGCCACGACAAUAUAAUAAAAAGAAACAUUUGAACAGAUUGACCGCUUCAACGACGGCACCGUCAAUACCCAUGCAAAUGGCGCCUCUGUCAACGAUGCCGUCGACGGCUCCGACGUUAGUCUCGGGAAGUCCCGGUCCAACAGCCACCAGUCCUAACAAAUCUCACAGCAUUAUCAUAAUCUCCAAUCUCGAGCUAACCAACAACAACCUUAUCGAUACUAGUCAACUGUUUCUGAACCAAAACAGCAACGCUCUAGGCAAUAAGAUAGAUGUUAAAGUAUUAAACUCAACCGAUAAGUUACCAAAGCUGGUGCCAAUCUCAAACCACGGCUCACACCAUCAUCACCAUCAACAUCAUCAGUCAACGGCGCUUCUUCCACCACCACCUCCACCGCCAAGCGCUCCUCAAGCAAUCCCAACCAGCCAAUUUCAAGCUGUAUCUAUUCCGUGUCUCCACCCUACGACAACCUUAGCGAGUGGUGCUGGUGGUGGUGGUGGCGGCACCGCCGUCGGCAAUUCAAUUCUUCUCGAAGGGCUCACGUCACCCCAUUCGGGAUCCAUGAUCGAAAACGGUGGCUUCGUCGACGAGAACAGCCAUAUGAUUACCACCGAAUCUUCCCCGAUCGCAGCCGGUGGUGAACCUCAGCUUUUAACCCUAUCAUCCAUCAAGAGCAACGAGAAUCAACAGCAACAACCGUUAGCUCCGACCGUGGAUCAGACAUCCGAAUCGAUGAACGUAGGCUUCCUCAGUCCAGAAGAGCUCUCUGCGGAUCUCAACGAUAACAUCAACUGCUACGAUGGUGACAGUGAUAGUGCCCAACUAACAACCCUCACCAGCUUUGCCUGCGAGGAGUGUGAUAAGGUGUUUCCGAAGAACUAUCAACUGAAGCGCCACAUGGAGAUCCAUGACAGCACCUACUACAUGUGCCCGUACUGCGAUCGGUCCCCACUGAAGGCGAAAACCUCGGUUCGCAAACACCUGAACACGGUGCAUCCGGAGCGUGCCCCUCCCAAGGAGGAGAUGAACAAAUUCAUCUCAACCCUAGUGGUGAAAGACGAGCAGAUAUUGCGUGAGCUGUAUGCUAAAAACGAGCGCAAGAUCAGAAACAAAUGUGCCAAGCUACAGGCGAAGCAGCUGCAACAGCAGCAGCAAAUACAGCAACAGCAUCACCAGCAAACAUUGGAGCACAGUCUAAAUCAACAGGAGUCAUCGUUAAAUGCACAGGAACUGCUGAAUCAUGCGACCACAUACCACAGUGAUCAGCAUCACUCGCAGCAGAGUGGGUACGAAUCGAUCGGAAGCGUUGAACCCGGCAGUACAAAUGGAGGCGGCAGUGAAAUCCUGAGUGACGAUGAGGUGGCGGUUAAACGGAAAUCCAACGAAGCAGUGGAUGCAAUGCAAAGGAGCAGCAGCAGCAGUAGCAGCAGUGGCAUCAGCCAUUCGGACGAUCCCCGGAAAAAGAUCAAACUAGUGGAUGCCAGUGGACAGGAAAUGCGAUACAUCACCGCAACAACGGCAGCCGCGCCUGCCGGAAACGGUGUGCUGAAAUAUCUGCGGAAGAAAACGAUCGGCAUCGGUGAGGCCGGAAGUAGCGGCGGUGCGACUAACAACAACGGAACGCACGGUUCCACGAUGGACAAUCAGAUGAUACUGGACAAUUUGUUCGACAAUAUUUCCAUCGAGAACUACGAGUUCGAUGAUAACACGUCGAUACAGUCGUACAAUUUGUUGGACGAACGGUUGACGACAUCGUUCGAUCAGAUCCAGGAGAAACUGGAUGCCGAUCUGUCGUUCGACGGUGAGCAGUUGAAGUGGCAAAAUAAUCUGAUGACGAACGAUUCGUCAAACGAAAUCGGUGACAAGCUGCUGAAUGUGGAGGAAAAUAUUAUGCUGAUUUAGAGCGGUGGCUGGACAGGAAUAAGGGUGUGAACGAAAAGAGAGAAAAAGAGGAAGUGAAAGAUGCGUGGUUUAAAUGUCGUUUUUGUUUAUACGUUCUGCAUAUUUAUUUGUUGUAGGAUUACGUUUCUUUUAGAGUUUAAGCCUACAUCCAAGUGCUUUUCUGUUUCGUGCAUCGGCUUUUUCGUUUAUUUAACGAUAUCUAUAUUUAUUGCAUAUAUUUAUUAUGACUAUCAUGUGUGUCUGUACACAGAGAUGUACACCUGAAAACGGCCCGAUCCUGUGUAGAUUGAUCAGGCAUACAUACGUUAGGCGAAUGUGAGCAAGACGCUAUGAGAUAAGUUAUAUUUAUCUACGACUAGGGAAAACUCUUAGAGUGGACCGCCUGUUGCAGAAGUGACAAUAAGGUUGUCAAGCAGUCCAAGAGGUGACCGUUGAAUAGCACGUACAUUUUUUACCAAAAGCAGCAGGAACUGCGAUAUAUACAAUUCGGCCAUCGAUAAAAAUCAAUCGAACCGUUUUUCUAGAGUUCUUGUUGUUUCGUUUGUGUGUAGGUUAUUUCAUAAUGGUUGCUGUAGAAUUUUGCCCACUAUGGGGCUCGAUAUUUUGUGCAAAUGAAGCACAGCUAGUCGGAAAGUGCCAUUUCCACUACCCGCAUGCUGACCAUACAACCAAAACUUCCCCAAUACAUACAGGGUAGAUAGGGGCAAUGUGAUGUCCAUAAGAACGAAACGUUCCAAACCAUGUAGGAACAUUUAUAAAUUAUGCCACUUGUUAAAAUCUCACGAUUUGAAGCUCUAUUGAUCGCUGGUCAUUUUGUGAAUAUGCUUUAAUAAAGAUUUAUGUGGAAAAUUUACACUUUUAAAAUUCGUUCCGUUCCCGUCGAUCGAAAGUACUACUGGGCAAAAUGGGCCACCAUUCGGGACAAUACGACCAUGUUAGUUAAUUCAAUCAUUUAAGCAUGUUUUCGCUAGAAAAUAACGUAAAAAUUUUGUAAAACGAAAGUUUAUUCUAUUCUGCAACUAAAGCCUGUUUCAGUUAGAAUUUGGUCGCAUAAAGUAGGACAUUUCUUUGCAUAGAAAUAACGUACAAAAAUGUGAAGGAUACCUUUUUGUAGGUUUUCUAAUGAAUUUUGAGGGAAAAAUACAUGAAAAUUAUUCGUUAGCUCGUCCGAGGAAUUUUCGAACAUUUCGUCUAAUACCACCCAUCAUUUCCUAUUUAUAUUGUAAUAAAAUAUUUGCUGUCUUGUUCCACCACUUUUGAAUUUGAUCUGAUUUUUUAUGGUUCUGCCACAUUUCUUCAGUUUGCCUUUGAUAGUUGCCCUACAUCUCUCGAUGGAACGAAAAUCCGGACACUUUGAUGGAUUGAUAGUUUUGACGUAGGACUACGUCUUUCAUUUCUAGACUGGGGUGUAAAUUCAAAGUUUCGAAAACGAAAGCGUUACGCCGGAGCACGAGAUUUUGAGCGUUAAUAGCUCCCAAAAAAUUGAACGAAAUGAUAUGAUAAACACUUCAUUCAAAAGAUAAAAUGUCUACUCGUUGUAUACUUGUUCCUUUUUUAACAAAAAACUUGUUUAAAAAAAAAAAAGACGAGUGGGUAAUGUCGGGGACAUAACCGGAGUGACGUAGGACUAUACAAAGGGGACAGAUUUUGCUAAAUAUAUAUUUUAAAUAUACUGCUUUAUUUUCUUCUCCUACAUGAAUACUUACCUAUAUAACUGAAAAAUGGAUUAGUUUACUGUUCUUUAUGAACAUGUUGAACGUUCUGAAAAGAACUUUUGAUGUUGUGUUUCAAUUUUUUCUCACUAUCUUAUAGUUGCUUCUUGAUAUUUUUCUGAAGGAUUUGUACUUAUUAAAUGUUCAACGCCGGUCAUCUUUUGGCGUAUGCACAUAUCGUACAAUCAAAAUGAUGGCUAUGAUAGGGAAUGCAUAGUGGUCCUCAGCUCAUUCACUAUCAUAUAUUUCACUAUUGAGCACAUUACCGUAACUUAAACUGUGGCUUCGGAGACGAAUGAAUUGUAAGAUUUGUAGUCUCCGCAAACAAAAUAAAUAAAAAUGAAAAAGAACUGAGGUUUUGGAGACGAACUCUACGAUCUGUCGAGAAAUAGACGAGCUAUAAGCGUUCUGAAAAACCAACAGUGAAUACAGGGACGGAUGACCUUCGGAUUAAAGUCCUUUAAAAUAAGAACAGAGCAGCAGGAAAUACAUAGCUCAUCAUGUUGCUCCUUAGUUAUGUUUCUAUACAAUGCAGAUGUAACCUCAGUCAAUUUUCAACAUCAGUUAUCAACCAAAGAAAGCAGUUCUUGCUACCACGAAAAUUCGUGAAUGCCAUCAUGCAUACAAUGUGUUGUAAUUUGAAGCCAUUUUUAAUUCGGGAACCAUGCAACUUUUGAUAACUCCUCUUUAAAAGGUUUAAUGGCCCUGAAAAGCGCCGUGUUUUACGGUGGCUGGUUUUGCCACCAAAACAGUUUGUAUAAAGAACGAAACUUUUUUCUUCUGCUACCUGCUGCCGUUUUGCUAUUGCGUUUGUCACUCGCCACUCGCUGCAACUGUCUGUUGUCUCGAUGUCCACCGAACCGAAUGUGUUCUGUUCUGAAUGCGGGUUUUCUUAUCGUCACGAGCAGCAUUGCCAGCUAACUCGAUCACUUCGGCGGCCGAAACUAUAUAACGCCGGCUAGGUGGACUGGUGCACUAGUACUAAGGUGCUCGGCUUAGCUACCCUUGCGGGGAACUCCAGACCAACACGGUUCGAGCGGGAUUUUGCCUUUCCCUUCACUUUUCCUCCUUUGCCAUAUCCAACCAUGGCUGCUUGUGUUGGUUUGUUGAUGUGAUGUGAUGCGAAACGAUAUGGUGUACGGUUUGGAUGAGAAUGAUCGUUACGGAAGGAAGGAAGGUAUUGUAUUAUAGAGACUUUAAACUUUUUCAGUUCAUUCGUCUCUAGCCUUGAGAAAGGCCCUUUAAAAACUCUACCCUACUCUACUCCAGCGCUACCAUCUCCACCCUCUUGCCUUGAGAAAGGCACUCGAUCCCUCGCCGUCCAGCUCGUCCAGCAACGAUGUUGUCCAGUCGGUGUCCACACAAAGAAUGAUCGUUACUGCAGCGGAGCGGGGAUUUUUAAGCUGACUGGCUGGCUCGAGAAUUACGCAUGUGUGAGACUGCGACCAAUGUUUCGUUCAUUUUUUUCUUUUUCCUUUCCAAUCGUGCUUCAUUCUAUUUCGCUGCUGCUCUGGUUGCCCGUUUUGGUCGGUACGAUUUGAGGAGCACAAAAUGGACCAAUCAAAAAUGGGCACAUAGGGCAUUUGGACAAUGCUUGAUAUUUAACAAUUAUUCAAUUAUUUAUCUCAAGAAAAAUGAAAUGUUAUUCGUUAUGAUAGAUGCGUAGAUAUAUUUCCUAUCGAUUGAUGCAAAAACCUUCGCGAUCUAUUGAGAAAUGCUCGAGUUAUAAGCGUUCCAAAUCUUGCAUUUUUUCCUACUUGUUCAGUGCCUAGAUUUCCAUUUCACCCCCUAUAUCUUCCGGUUAGACGUAGUCCUACGUCAAAAAUUGCUUUCAAAACAGGCUAUUGAAAUCACCAAUCGGUAUACAAGCGAGCGCCGCUCGGAAGUCCACUCAGUUAUAAUUGAACAGAGAUUGGAGCAUGUUGUCGCUGUUGUGGCGAAGCUAACUUCGUUCAUCAUGAAAGCGCUGAUGAACGGUGUCACGAAGAGCCUGUUUGUGCACUUUAGGUCAGAAGGGAAUCCAUCGGAAGGAGAGUGACGCCACUGAAAAGGCGACCAAGAAGGUAACAGCAUCGAAAAUUGGUUCCGCUUGAGGCAUCGGAGCAGCCGCCACACACACACAUACAUACACGCGCGCAACUCUUUUCGUUUGGUGGUUAUCGAGUUAGCAUUAACCACUGGCGGGCAUGGAGAAUUGAAAAUUACAUUCAAGUGAAAGUGUUUAUUUUAAUGUUUUCUAUUCAUAUAAUACUGCGAUCAAAUGCAUUUCGUUUUGUGAUUUUUCAAUCAAGUUAUUCUUCCUCAUCAGUAGAAUAUUUUCGUAUCCAAUAUUGUGCCUCCAACGUAACGCUUCCCCCAAAUAUUCAUUUAUUCAGAAUGGAUUCAGAUUCAACUUCAAGCAAAUGAUUACUAAAUCAAUGAUAGUUCUACGUCAACCUUGCGGUCAUACCACAUAUAUAGCCCACUUCCUGUUUUUUUUUUCAAUGAAAUCGAUCUUGUUCUCUUUAUACCACUUGGCGACAUCCCGGAUGUAAUGGAAGCUUACCAAGUCUCGCCAGAACUUCACCGAACCUUAGUGUGAUAGAAUAAAUGUCAAAAUUUUAUUCUGGAGACACUCCUUCUUGUAAACACCUUGAAUUUGUUACCGGCUAUUUGUCCGAAAUCAAUUUUUCAUAUGGGUAGAGGGGGCAAAUUGGUCAUGGGGGGCAAAGUGGUAGUUUAACUAUUGACUCUAGAUGUCAUAUUGUUUGAAGAAUUUAAUGACUGUACCAGUAGAAUUGUCGCAUGUCAAAAUACAAAUACAAAAAGAAAUUGCUCUCUCGAUAGCCAUUCGGCCGUACGUGCGCAUGGAUCUAAAGAAUUUCUCGUGAAAUUUAUUUUGUUCAAUCUGAUAUAUUGGACAAAUCAAAAAACGCAUAAAUCUAUCCCGUUUAGCUUGAUAUGUGCGAGUGACCACUUUGCCCCCACUUGGUGACCACUUUAUCCCAAAGCAAAAAAAAAAUGUUCGAAUUUUCCCCUUUUUUCUAAUGAUGGAAAUUGUACUAUUUCGAAUUUUUAUAGUAAAAACCGUUUGCCAUCUUGAAGAACAAUGAGUUGAACUAUAAUAUUCUUCGAGAAACGGGAAUUGAAUCGAUAUGUGGACGCUGAAAAUGGGCAUAUUCCUUAGGAGGACCACUAUGCUCCCACUUCCCCUAUGUUUCAUCGUCCAUAAAAGCAAAAAGAGCCCAGGAUUGUUAUGGACUGCUCGAAUCCCUCUUGCUCGCACAUUCCGGUCAUAUGUUGCACUUCAACACUUGAUUGGUUUCGCCCGAUCCAACGUAAGGGUCUCCCGGUAACGAGUACGGUAUUUACAGUCUAUUUUUAAAAUUUCAGGAAUUUUGCAAUCUUUCCUCCUGACCACAUCGGGUACUCAACGUGAGUGUGCAGAAUUUUUUCCCGCGUUCCAUCGUCGAUAACUUUUGAAUGUGAUGAGAUUUUGAUAACUGAAUUUACAUAAACAUAAACCGAAACUACACUGUCAAUAUUUUCUCGGUGUGACAACCAGGGGUGCUUCAGUGAAUAAAAAUAAGCGACCAAAUUCUAACUGAAACACACUUUAUCAUGAUUAUUACAUUGGAUUUAAUUCAGUUUGCAUUAAAAAACGGAGUUUUUUUCGGAU